CAGCAAACAAAUGCACCGAGUUGGAGAAUUCAAAAUUCAGGUAAGAGAGAAGCAGCAGAAGAAAUGGGGAAGAGAUCAGUUCCAGUUAUAGACAUGCAGGAUGUCUCCGGUCUGGCGGAGAAGAUAGUGAGAGCCUGUGAAGAGUGGGGGUGCUUCAGGCUGGUUAAUCAUGGGGUUCCCAUGGAGCUCAUGGCGGAAAUGAAGGGCGCGACGAGGUCGCUGAUGGAUCUUCCCAUGGAAACAAAGCUGAAGAAUUCUCAUCCUGAGCCUGGAAAAGGCUACACGCCGCCCAACAUGGCCAGUCCCUAUUUUGAGGGCCUGAGUGUGUAUGAUAUGACCUCUCCUGGUGCUUUUGAUCAUUUCUGCUCUCAGAUUGAUGCAUCUCCUCACCAAAGGGAGGUGUUGGAAAAGUAUGGUUUUGCUCUUCAUGAUCUUGCACAGCUCCUGGGAAGUAAGUUGAUGGAGGGAUUGGGGUUGAGUGGUGAGCUUUUCAAGGGAUGGCCAUGCCAGCUGAAGAUGAACAAAUACAAUUACAGUCCUGAAACUGUGGGAUUGACUGGGGCAGUAAUGCACUCAGACCCUGGAUUUCUGACCAUUUUGCAGGAUGAUGAGAUUGUGAAUGGUCUUGAGGCAGUGGAUACGAUCACUGGCGAGCUGGUUCCAGUUGAUCCUAUUCCGGGAACUCUUGUUGUUAAUGUUGGCGACGUGGCCACGGUAUGGAGCAAUGGAAGGUUUUGCAACGUGAAGCAUCGAGUUCAAUGCUACGAGCCAACAAUUCGUACUUCCAUUGCACUCUUCGUAUUGGGGCCUAAAGAUGAGAAAGUGGAAGCGCCGCCGCAGCUGGUGGAUUCCGACCACCCUCGCCGAUACAUUCCUUUCGACUUCGAAGAUUACAGGAAGCUACGAACUAAGACGAAUUCACCAACUGGAGGAGCCCUCAAAUACUUUCUCACCCAAAGUUCGUGAAAAUUAAGAAGAAAUAAAGAGAGUGGAAAUGGGCAUUUUUAAAUAACAUUUCCGGUUAAUUAAUUACUGUUACGUUAUUUAUCUUUGAUUUAUGAAAUUCCCAUAUUGUCAUUAUGAGCAGAUGUUGUAUUGGACUGAAGUUACAACUAUUUUUGUAUUUAUUGUCAAAUAAUUUUUUUGUUCAGGA